AUGGCCGUGGCCGCCUUGCGUGAGCUUCGACUGCAAAGUCUGAAGAGAGUUUAUCGGUUGGAUGCUACAGAACUUUGUUCGGCACUGCAAAACGCAGCAAAGCGACGAGUUCACAAUCGCGAGGUCUGGGAUGCUCUGCUGUAUCGCGCCGCUGCCUUGCGCGGACAGUUCGGGCCGAAUGAUUUGGCACUCACCAUCGACGCUUUGGCCCGAAUCCGAUACAAAGACCACGCUGUGUUGGACUACAUGCUGCAGGAGGUGCGAAGCAAGGCCCGCCGCUUUGCCGUGCGGGACGUUGCCCUGCUGCUGAACGGCCUCGCCAAGUUCGGCUUCCGCGACGAGCUGCUCCUGCGGAGCCUCCUCCCGACCCUGCUGCGCCGAAUAACGGAGAAGUCGAAAUGGGAGGACUUGUCGCUCUUGGCGCUCUCGUACGCAAGGCUGUCGGACCCCUCGCAAGCUUUGGUCUUCGAUCGCAUCAUCGCCUCCUUGGUCCCGCGUAUGGAUCGCAUCGAUGAUGGUCACGCGCUCUCCUUGCUGGCCAUUGCCUUCACGCGCACCGCCACGGGACGGGAAGACGACGUCGAGUCUGCAGGCGACUCCAAGCCUUUCGCAGAAGACUUGCUGCAGCCGCUCUUCCUCCCGACCCAGGUCCCGGCAGAAGUCGAGAUCUCCAACCGCGCGUUCGUGGAAGUCUUGCUGGAGCAGUGUGAGCGACACAUCUUCUCCUUCAAGGGCUCUGACGUGCUGCACCUGUGCCUGGCCUUGGCGAACUUGGUUCGCACUGGCAACGAAGACGCCAUCGCACCUCGGCUCAUCCCGCGGCUGUGCAAGCGCCUGGAGGUGCUCUACUACGACCUCGUGCCAGGGCAGUUCGUUCGCUUCCUGGAGCUCUUUCCCCUCCUGCCGGAAGUGGAGGCCAAGUGUGGCCCUCGCAUGCUGGAUGAGUUGGUGUACCGCGCACGGGAGCUGAUGCCCAAGUCCUGCCUGCCCAUGCUCCGCGCCUCACUUCGGCUGAAGCAUGCCCGAGGCCAGUCUGUGGCCGCGUGGCGGCUGACGCGGCAGGACGCGUCUCUUGGCGGCCCGGCAGUGCUGUCGGCCACGGAGUCGGGCGAGGUUGCCGAGAUGUUGGUCCAGGUGGCGCUGCCGCACAGGACCGACUCGGGAGCUGACGAGCCAGCAGCUGCAGGUGAUGCGAGGGACAGUGACGUACUGCUUUGGGAGGCCCGAGAAGCGCUCCUGGUUCUCCUCCAGGGCUUCCGGCAACGGAACUUGGAGCCCAAGCCGGAGAUCCUCGCCGGCCUGCUCCACAACGCGGCGCUGCUCUCGGUUCGGGACAUGUGCUGGUUCCAGCUGUGCCAAAGGCUCAUGGUGCCGAGUGCUUCGCACCCAAAGAGAGCAUCGCACAGCCCGGCGCCAGUUCCUGUCGAAGGCAUCGAGGAAGUUUUGUCGGAGGCGGACCUGGCGAAGGCCGCUCUAGCCUUAGCGCGGCUCUCCUUGCCGCAGCUGGUCGACGGGGCCUCCCUGUUUACCAGGGCAGCUGCGAUGGUGCGCCAGCCCUCAUCAGCCAUCUCUGUGCUCGAGGCAGCUUCGAUCUUUAGCCUCACCGAGCGGCGGCCGCAGGACCUCGCGCCAGCAGCUCUCGUGCCGUUGGUCCGCGUGGUAAGCGAAGGGCGAAGGGAGGCGGCCUGCGACGCGGAGGCGGCCCCUGAUUUGCCUCGACUUUUUCCCUUCACCCGGCUGCCGCAGGCCAUGGCCGAGGACUUGCAGGCUGACUGGUGCGAGGCAGUGGCCACAGCGGCCGCGAUGUCCGCAGCGGCGCGGACGAGGAGGCCUUGGUUCCAGGAGGUGGUCCUCCAGGAGCUCGCCUCCUGGGGCGAAGAGGUGGACCUACAGACGGACGUCGUUGUGGGCCCAAUCUGUGUCCCCUUUGCCCUGAGCUUUGUGGGCUUGGACGAGCACCUCCGGCGCCGUCCCCUCGUCCCUGCGGCAGAGGAGGAAGAGGAGGACGCUCCCGACCCAGAGGCGCCAUCCGAGCGCAGCGAGGCGCGGCCUGUUGGUCUCAGAGCCCGGCGCCUGGCGCGGCGGAGGGACAAGGCUGCGGGUCUACCCCAAGGGCUUAGCGCGGAUGCCCCGCUGGAGCCCCUCACCGAUGUGCCCAGCUCCGACCUGCCUGGUUCUGCAAAGCCUCGGAGCCACUUGCUGGUGGAGCUGCUGCGGUAUGAGGACUACUACCAUGCCUCCCCGACGUUGGAGCAGCGGAUGAAGGGCCCUCUGGUCGUGGCUGAGCGGGAGGCGGAGAUCCGGCUCCUCCGCCGGCUGGGUUGGCACGUCAUCUGCGUUCCAGAAUUCCGCUGGAACCUCGGAGAAGACGGCGACCACGAAGCUGCCUCAGAGGAGGGCCGAGCUCGGAGGGGACAUCAAAUCCCGGAGCUCCAGAGCCUCCAGAACCUCAGCGCGUCUCCCAACCUUGACGAGGUGGAAGAGGCCCUGAGCCCCUUCUUCCCGGCCUGGGCCUCCGAGCCCCGCCGGGCCACGCACUUCUUCGGGCGCCUUGCGGAGAAUUCGAAGCCGGACCUGGCCGCCAGGGCUCUGGAGGCCAUGAGCAGGUGCCGGUUGCAGGUGAGCGCCUUCGAGUGCAGCGCCGCCAUCUCCGCGUGUCGCAAGGCCUCGAGGUGGCAGCUGGCCUUGAGACUCCUGGGUGGCGCCCAGAAGCUCUGCCUUCCCAACAUCGUCUGCUUCAACGCCGCUAUCGGCGCCUGCGACGGCGCCGGCCGCUGGGAGUGGGCCAUGAGCCUGGCGCAGCAGCUCUUGCCACGGGCCCUGAGCCCCACUGCCGUCACCGUGGCCUCGGCCAUCAGCGCCUGCGCGGAGCGCUGGGAGCUGGGCCUUCGGUGGCUCUGCCAGGGCCCCUGGGAUCUUGUGUGCUGGAACGGUGCCUUGAGCGCCUGCGAGAAGGGUGGCCAGAGCCAGGCCGCAGCUCGGCUGGCACGGGCCAUGCGAGAAGAGGGGUUGCAGCCGGACACCAUCAGCCAGAACACGCUCAGCAGCACUUUUGCACAGGAAGGCCUCUGGCAGGCAUCCCUCAGGUGUUUGUGCACCACGAAAGCUGCCUCCGUCAUCAGCUACAACUCCUGCAUUACCGCCUGCGCGGAGGCCGGCGUUUGGCCUCGAGCUGCGCACGUCUUUGCCCAGGUGCGGAUGGCAGCCAUCAAGCUCAGCGUGGUAAGCCGGGCGGCGUGGCUCACCGCCUGUGAAAGGUCUGCGUGCUGGAGGGCGGCUCUGGGGUCCCUCGGCAGCCUUGGCCGGGACCUCAACGGCUUUGCGUACGCCACGGCGAUGAGCGCUGUCGGCGCCGAGAGGUGGCAGAACGCACUGCAGCUCAUGUUCCAGGCCAUGCAGGUGGCACUUUUGCCCGACCUCGUGACCCUCGGGGCGGCCACCAACGCCUUCUCGGCACGCACCCUGUGGCAAGGGUGCGUGUCCAUGCUGUGCACCUGCGAAAGUUCAGGACGUUGA